CAUCAUAUUGGGCACAUUGAUCCAUAUAUUGUGCUUCUGUUGGCUGCUGGUGUGACAUCCAACAGGCUUCAUUCAUGUUUUAGAAUCCUGAGAGAUUGAUCAGAAGUGUUAUGUCCUGAGAGGGGAGCACCUUGGGAUCAGACUCACCACGGGACACUCAGGCUGCACAGUGCCGCCAGUCAAGCCAUGAAGGUCCCUGUGGCUGAAGGCUAUUUUUUUUGUCACCAGUAGGAAGCAGGAAAUUUGUAUUAUGAGACCUGAAUUGAUUUAGUGACACACUGUGGUGGCCAUACUUGCACAUGCUCAUACAUGAAAUAGCUUUGUAUCACUCACAAGAGUUAAAAAUUAGAUAUAACUCUAUACUAAAUGUUUUUAAAGUGAAAUCAUCAAAUUGCAUCAUUUAAAAUCAGGCACGACCUCACUUAUGAAGCAAACAUCAUGGCACCUGUUGAUUUUUCUUGAGGGGGUACUGUAUGCUGCACUGACGUAAAUAGCUGAAAAAUUAUAGACAAGGAAGGGAAAAAUAUUAAGAUAUCAAUGACAAGGAGUUAAUCCUCUUAAUAUGGCAAGUACAGGUCAUUAGCAGUCAGUGAUGAAGCAGUGAGUGAGUGCCAACAAAACCAGUGAAGUCUCCUGACCUUGGUUCUGCUGGGUCACUGACCUGCAAGGCUUCAGCUGCCUGAUUUCAUGGUGAGACCACUGUGUCAGCUGGCCAAGAGUUGUGUGCCAGCCUGCAGCAGCACCAGUCACCCUGCCAGGAUUGGCAGGCUGGCCUGCGGGGCGACGCCCAUCAAUCAAGAGCAGUGUGUCAGCCUGCUGCCACUACAGGUGCUGCCACAGAAGACCAGCUCCCCCACAUCCUGUCACCUCACACUUGGAGAGGACAAUGACAUGCACAGUUUUCAUCUCAGUUGCAGUAGUGCAGAACUGUUGAUUUUACCAUUGCAUAUGUUUUAUUGAUGUUAUUAUGAAUGUUUAGUGCAGUACUCAAGAUAGAAUGUAGCAAAUAUUGGUAAUGAUUAUUUUUAUAUUUGAUUUCUGUCACAUUUUAGUUACCAGUCAACAUGUCAGGCUUUAUAGUUAGCAAAUCUUUACAUGACAUAGACCAAUUUAUUCUAAAUACAAAUAUUUGUUGGUCAUUUUAUGAUUGCAUGAUUUUUGUAAAUAGGUUAAAACUGGUGGAAACCAAUUUGUAAUUGUAAUCUUCAUUUGGAGGCUAAGGCUGAAAAUAGCUUGGAAUUUCAGUGCCUAGUGGGCAUUGCAAGUUGUCACAAGGAACAGUGAGGAUGAAGGGGGAGUGUGACGGCAGGGAGCUGACCCCCGGGGCACCCGUCAGUGUGGGGCCAGGAGGCAUGUCAGGCCACAAUGGGGAAGGGGGCACAGGAAUCAAAGGGGAGCAAGACAGUGCCACAAGGAGCCUGCAGGUGCCAGCUGUUGUGGGGGGAACUCAGGGCAACGGCACAAGAGGGUUCAGUGUGGCAGAGCUCACCAAAGUGGAGGAUGUGAGCCCAGCCAGGGGUGGUCUGCAGAUACCAAGUGUUAAAGGUGGUGCCAUAGGGAGUGUUCGAGUGCCAUCCUUCAAGAGGGAGGGCCAUGAGAAGGGCCCAGGACGUGAGGAUGAGCCUUGCAUUCAAGAAGGGAAAGAAAAAUUGACUAUAGGAAGGAUCAAGAUUCCCAUCUUUAGGAAAGAUGGCUGGGAUCUGUCACGUUCAUCAAGUUUUAAACGAGCAAGUCAUAACAUCACCUCAGGGAGCUUGCAGGUGCCCAGUGUGGAGGGAGAGAACCAGAGGAGUGACACAAGGACUUUCAGUGCAGCGAGGGGAGACAGCCACAUCAUUGCCACAAGAUUUGGUGCUGCUGUGCCAGGGAGUGUGAUGGAUGCCAAGAGAGAGAGCCAGAACAGUGGAGCUGAGGUACCAAAUAUGGCAGCUACCAAGAGGGUGAGCCAGGAUGGCAUGAGUCUGGAGGUGCCAAGUGAGGUUGGCAUCAAGAAACUAAAGAAAGACAGUGCUUUAGGCAUCCCUGAUGUGACAACUGGCAGGAAGGUUAGUGAAGGCAACAUCACAGACUUAGUGAACACACUGGCCAGCAAGAGGUUGAGUCAGGAUGGUGCUACAGGAUUGCCCAGCAGGAUAGAUAUCAAGAGGAUAAGACAGGACAGUCUGACAGAGACCACAGGUGUGACAAGUAUGCCAAGAGAGAGCCACAACAGUGUGCUUGAGCCAGUAAACUAUGCACUCUUGAAGACACCAAGCCAGAGUGUCACCACCAGGACAGGAGAUGAAGGAGCUUGUGAACCAGAACCUCAUGAGAGGGCCUUGUCGGUGAAAGCAGCACCUGCCAAGACGAUGAGCCAAAGUGUUGGUACUCAUGACCUGCAGGCAGAGACUGUGAAGAGAGACAGUGCCGUGAGUCAAACAGAGCCAGCUGUGAAGGGAGGGUCUGAUGGCAACACUGUGAGCCUGCCAUUGUCAACAGUAAGGCAAGACAAAGACAGCAGAGAGACAGAAGGUUUGAAGACUUUUUUCGGUAAGGCUCAUCCCACAGACAACCCUCCAGUGCCACCCAUGAAGAAGGAAAUCUGUGAGACUGCAGGUAAAGAUGAAGAGAGUUCAAGGGUGCCAGGUAUCAAGCAGGAGAGCCAAGACAAGGGAGAGGGGCAGGAUAAAGGUGCAGACACAGAGAAGGUUGCAGAGCCCCAGCAGUGCCCAGAGAACAGUGAAGGAAAGCAGGAAGAUGUAAUGAAGGAGGAAGACAAGAAGAUAGCCAAGGAGUGUCAGGGGGAGGGUGAUGAGGGGAAGUUGGAAGUGAGUGGCUCCUCUUGCUCUCCCCGGGUGAAGCCUGAGAUGGUGAGCAUCGAGACACAGUGCGAUGACACCACCAUGGUAGCAGACAAGGCCAUCAAGGACGAGUACGCUUUCCUGAGUGAGGACAGUGGGGAGCCAGGGGAGUGCCUAGGGGGAUGUGAGCCUGGCAAGAAGCCCCACAAGUGCUGCCAGUGUGACACCUCCUUCAGGACGCCGUAUGAGCUGUCUCGCCAUGGCCGCGUGCACAGCGGGGAGCGGCCAUACCAGUGCCGCCUGUGCCACCGCUGCUUCAAGAGGAAGGACCAUGUGGAGGUGCACACCCGCCGCCAUGUAGAGGACCGCCGCCAUGCUUGUAAUGACUGCGGGGUCUGCUUUGUGACAUCCUCCUGCCUCCUGCGCCACCAGCGCCGCACCCACCAGGUCCCUGGCACCAAGCGGCCCGGCGAGGGGGAGAAUGGGGAGGGGGAGGGGGAGGCUGGGGAAACCAAGGGGGAGGGCAAGGACCAGACUUCCUCCAAGGACGCCCAGAAGAAUGGCCGCCGCAACAAGAAGAACAAGCCAGACUCAACGUACCGGCCGGGUGGCAAGACGGUGUGCAUCAUCAAGAAGCGAAACCUGCGGCAGCGAAGCUAUUCCUUUGUGGAGCUGGAGGAUGAUGUGGAGUGCUUCGAGAGUGACGAGGAAGACCGCAUCCCCUUCCUGAAAGUGCAGGAGCAGCAGCGAGUGGAGGAGCAUGACGAGAGUGGCAGCCAGUCAAGCCAGCUGGAGCACAGCCUCUUCCCACCCAGCCUGUUCAACCCUGAGGCCAAUCUGAGUCACCUGCUGCUGCUGGGAGAGGUGAGUCGCCUGCUGUCCCACUCACUGAUCCCUGGAGGCCCCAUGGAGGGGUCUGCCACCCCAGCCAGUGUGGGCACCCAGCCAGGCCGCACCACUGGGCCUCCCCAGGAUGCUGACGGGGACUCUGAUGACUCUGAUUGUGAGCCGCCCCUUGUGGCCUGUGAUGUGACCUUCACAGAGGCAGAGGGAGAGGUGUUUGUUUCACUGCCAGAUGACGACUCAGCAGCCUCCCAGCCAGAAGAGGUGACGGCCCAGGAUGAGCAGGACAAGGCCUCACCACAGGUUGGGUCAUCACAGGCUGCUGCCAAGACCGGGCCGUGCCACACACCGGUGAAGGCUGAGUCAGGAAAGCCCAGCCCACCGAUGACACCAACCAAGGAAGGAACACUGGUGACUCAGCCAGGCAGUAAGCCUCACUGCAUGCCACCAACCCCCGGCAGGACAGCACCCACCUCACCCGUCAGCAACAAAGGGGGAGGGACGGGGUUUGCAGCCAUGGGGGAGCCACGGACAGCAUGGGUGGUGCCAGCUAACAACCCCAAGGGCAAGAACACGUGUGAUGCCUGCCGCAGGAGGAAUGAGGCUAACCGUCUGGCCCAGAUGGAAAAGGAGCGCCAGGCCUUGGCAGCCCAGGCGGCACUCAAGCAAAAGCAGGAUGCACAGACAAAGCCAGGAAACACUCCUGAGAGGAACGUCAAGAAAGAAGAGGUGAAGCCUGCAGAUAAGCCAGUCGUCACGCCUCCCCCAAAGCCUCCUGUGUGCAAGCCACAGGAGUGCAAGCCGGCAGUGAACAGGCGUGGCAGGAAGGCAGCCACCACCAAGAAGCGGCGGCCAGGCAAGGCUGGUGGUGGCGGUGGUGGUGGUGGCGAGGGCAAUGGGGCCGCUGCAAUGCCACAGCGGCCCCACAAGUGCCACCUGUGUCCCUUCAACUUCAGGUCAGCCACGGAGCUGAAGCGGCACGCCAGCACCCACAGCGGGGAGCGGCCCUUCCUGUGUGAGUUGUGCGGUGCUGGGUUCAUGCGCAAGUGCCACCUGCAGCUCCAUGUGCGGCGGCACAGCGGUGAGCGCCGACAUGCCUGCCAGGAGUGCCGAAUGCGUUUCUUCACACCCUCAGACCUGGCACGGCACCAAGCCAUCCACCAGGCGGGAGACAAGCCCCUGGAGUGCCACCUGUGUCACCUCACCUUCCGCCGCGCCUUCCACCUGGAGCGCCACAUCCGCCGCCACAAUGAGGCCGCGCCCUUUGCCUGCAAGCUGUGUGGCGCUUUCUUCAGCUCAGCAGCAGCACUGCGGAGCCAUGACAAGCACCACCGCACACCCGGCCCCCACGCCUGUCCUGACUGCACAGCUGCGUUCACCACUGCCACCGCUCUCUCCCGCCACCGCCGCGUCCACUCCGCCCGUCACCACCGCCUGCUGAGAGCCAUAGAGCGCCACGCCACGGCCAAGUCCAGCUAUGAGUGCGUCUCCUCCGAGGAGUCCCCGCUUUCCCUGGUGAUCCGCAAGGUGUCAGCCACGGUGGUGACGCCCGGGGAGGCAGGGAAGGACAUGCCUGCCGAUGCCCCAGACCUGGCAGACCAUGACAAGGAGGAAAAGGAGAACAAGGACAACAUUACCUCAGGUCUCUCUAGCACAGAUAAGGAAACAGAGGGUAAAGUAGAAGGAAGGGAAAUGGACGUCUCUACUCUGCCUACUAAUAAGGAAACAGAGGAGGGUGGAAAAACUGCUUCCAGUCUCUCUGCUACAGACAACGAAACGAAAGGAGAGGUGGAAGGAAGUGAGGAAAUUACCUCUACCCCCUCAGCACCAGAUAAAACAAAAGAGGAUAGAGAAGAAAAUAUUACCUCAAGUCCCUCCAUCUCUGAAAAGAUUAAAGAUGACAGGGAAAAAAGCAUCUCCAGUACUGGCAGGGAAAAGCAGGGGAGUGAAGCCAGUGCUCUCACCAUCAGCACAGAUAAAGUCACUGAGAAAAAUGGAAAUAUUACCUCCAGCCCUUCCAUGACAGAAAAUGUAAAAGGGAUGAAAAUGGAGGGAAGGGAAAGCACAAUGCCCAUGCACAUCUCAGUAGGCAAGGAGGCAGAGAGUAAGGAAGUGAGCAGCAGUGGUUGUAUGGUGGAGGAGAGUGCCGCAGACAUCCAUGACAGCCAUGGUGCCAUCAACCUUUCCAGCAGCACCAAGGCAGGAAAGGACAUGGCCAGUCAUAAUGAAGCACCAAUUUUCCAGCGCAUAAAUAGCACCAGGGAAACGGGUAAUCAAAGUGUGUCCAGGGAAGCGGAAAUUGUACAAAAAUCAGGCAGCAAAAGUGGAGCAGUUGCCAGUGAGGAACUGAAUGGCAAACCUGAGCUGGGUGUCUCCCUCAUGAGCAAAGAGAGGAAAGAAGCACAAGGCAGGACCAGUUGCAGUCUCCUGCUCCCUACAAGCAGAGAAAUGGAGGCUGUUAAAGAAGAAAUCCACUGCAGAUCCACAUACCACCUGGCCACCCCAAGUGGAGGGCAGGAGGCAGCCCUGGAUGGUGCCCCAGGAUACCCUGGGGAGCAGGGCAGCAGCAGGGGCAGCGGUGAGGAGGGUGGGCAGCAGGGAGGCGUGAGGGACGGAGUGGCCACCACCAGCUAGCUGUGAGUGCAGGUGACAAGUGCAGUAUUCAGCCGGUGAAACAAAUCUUGCAAGCUUGACAUGAUAUUUUUUGCCAAGUAGAAGGCAUCAAGUUUCAGACAUUGAGAGGGAAGUGUCCAGGAGUGCUGUAAGUUUGGCAGCUCUACCGGGUUACUGUGUUCAUGACUUGAAUCUCAGACCACGUUGGGAGCACCUGCAUUUCACCCGUGUUUCAUUAGCAACACCACAGCUGGACCAGCCGGUGCAGCAUACGUGUGCACUGCCUCAGACAAACUCCCCCUCCCACUCAGCUCUGGCGAGCAUCAAAGUGCAAAGGUUGAGAGUAAGUGACAAGUGAUGUGCAAGGGAAGUGUUGGUAAAGUACCUACAUACUUGCUUAUUCAGUAGUUUACAGUGCAAGCUAUGAGAAGACUGUGAUAAGUUAGGUUUUAUUGUUGACUGAUAUUACAAAUUAUUACAAAUUACAUAUGUCUAUUAUAAGAAGGAAGUUUAGGACAAAAGCAAAUAUAUUGAGCAUUCAUAUUGGCAUUAUUUUAAGAAGUAAAACUGUGGCAAUAGAUAAAAUGUAGAUUAUUGAAAUUUAAUAGUGCUAUAUUGUGAGUGUUCAGGUUAGAGACAAUCUGUAUUUGCAGGAAAACUUUGUUCUGACACAACUUGAUGUGUUAGAGUGUGUCAACAAAGAGGGAGAGAUGGUGCACCUGUCUUACUCAGGGUGACCAGUGUUGGGACUGAGACGAGUGGCGAGUGAUGCCGCUGAGUGGCGGUGCGUCAGCAAGUGCCUCUCAGUCCCGGGGUGUCAGAACAAGGCUUCCCUGCAUGCUGCUGUAAGGAGAUGCCAUAUUAGGAGAGUAACGUAGCAGAGUAAACUUAGAAGAGUAUGUAUGUAACGGUGAAGGAACGUGGUACAGAGGAGGCAGUUGUGGUGAAAGAGUCUCAGCCUGUGGUGGACAUUUAAACCUGAAAAUCUCCUUCCCAGAUCACUACAUUUGUAAGGUUGGUAACGGCCACCCUAUCAGGCGUCACCCUGCCUGCUGGAGGAGGUUGUCUCGUUAGCUGUAAGCAUGUUGGGUAUUUUAUAAACAAAUUCACCCCAGCAUUAUGUUACGUGAAAGCUUGACACACUGUUGCAGUGAGAACAAAGCUAUGCAGGAGUUUCUUUUAAACAUUUCUACAUUUAUUUGUACACAUAAUUGCCAGAACCAUAGCCGCUUGCUGUGUUUUAUCAUCAGAGUCGUCCAGCUCUGUUCCCAGCGCUUGUAGUGAGUUGUAGGCAGCUCGUAGGCUUCGUACUGCUGUUGUAGCACCCAGAGGAACCCACAGAUGUAGUCGUGUGUAGAGGGUAGUUGAGUAACACUUUUCUCAGCUUACAGCGCAAAACUAAUGUGUCUUUCACCGCAUAGCUUGAUGAAUGUCGUGUCUGCAUGAGUGGGUGGGUGAGUGUGUGUGUGUGUCUGUGUGAGUGUAGCUAGGGUGGAGGGGCUGGGUGUGUCCUCGGGUAGAGAUACACUGAUAGUACCUGACUGUAGCGUGCAUUAGCUGUCAGCCAGACAACUUCACUGGGAGUUAGACUGUCCUUGUGUCCUCCCCAGGGUUGUGUUGCUCUUGUUUUAUUUUUUGUCCUGUUCUGUUUAUCUGUUUGUAGACUGUUUUGAGCGGCAGAAUUAUAUUGCAGAGAUGCUUUUAUCGACCUUUGUCUUUGUUUAUUUUUACAAUAGAUAGCUUUAUUUGACCAGAUUAUCGGAGCCAUUGUUGGUUACUAAAAUUUUAUUGAUAUUUUAUUUAGUAUUAUAUAUUAUUUGAUCAUUUAUUAUUUCAUUGUUGUUCUAUAAUCUCCCAUUCACCAUUGGAACCUAAAGACUACCAUUGGAAAUUUAAAUCUCUUGCACAUUUUGUCUACGAGGUUUCCAUUUAUUAUACCACUUCCUCUGUUCAACACUGUCAUACUAGUACCGUAUAUUAGAACUCAAACCAUACACAAGGUCUAAGGACAAUUAAAUGUACAGUAUUCACCUUCUACAGUAUUGUCAUGUUCCCAGAAAUACUACCAUUCCAAAUCAAGAUGUUCUCACACCAGCUGUUAAUAACAUUAGUUGCCAUGUCUGUCUUUCCCUCCCAGCCAACCAGCCUCGGCGUGUCUCUCUCGGCCGCCCUGUAGUGUAGAGGCCACCAACCCUAUGGGCAUUGAUUUGUGAACCAGUUACUUUUAUUAUGAGCCACCUCUAGUGAACCAGUGUGCUUCGUGCUGUGUAGCGGUGAAAUAAACAGUGUCAUUGUU